CCCAAGUUGGCUGCAUCCCGCUUGAUCCUGAGGCAGGUUCGGCACUCUUUCGUUGGAGCACGCCAUCCGUCCCCGCGUGGCUCGAGCCGCGGUUCCAUCCGCGCGCCGCCUUGCCUUUUCUUUGCGAGAUUCUGCUUUGCCCUGGCUCUGCCAAGAUCCCUGACGCAGCCAACACCCGACGAGAAACCGCAUCGGUCACUUCAACACCAUGAGCGCACCAUUCAGCUUCAAUUCAACAAACCCAUCGGGUGGAUCAGGUGCUCCCUCGGGCUUCGGAUCGGGCGCCGGCACUGGAUCUGCCUCCACUUUCAACUUCGGAGGCUCAGGCACUGGGACUCAGGGCUCUGCGACUGGCGCCUUUGGCUUUGGUGCCGCUUCUGGGACUUCGGGAUUCGGAAGCGCCACGCUCCCUGCAUUCGGAAGUACAACAGCUCCUGCGUUCGGAAGUACCACGGCUCCUGCGUUCGGAAGUGGUGCUCCUGCUGCAGCUCCUGCAUUUGGGAGCAGUACCGCCACCACAGCUCCUGCGUUCGGCAGCAGUGCAGCUGCAGCUCCCGCGUUCGGAAGCGGUGCUGCUGCUUCAUCCCUUGGUUUCGGUGCUGCACCUUCGACGUCGGCCACGACGGCUCCCGCGGUUGGUGCUUUUAGUGCACCCGCUGGCGGCUCGAUCUUUGGAGCUUCCACAGCACCAGCACCAGCUGCAACCGGAUUUGGUGCGGCAGCAGCGCCGACCUCGAAAGGUCUGUCCUUUGGAGCGGCGGCACCUGGUACUGGAUCUGCCUUUGGUGGAUUUGGCCAACCGGCUGCCACAACGACUACAGCGCCAGCGGCCGGGCCCACAGCCGCUCCGACCGGCUUUGCGCUCGGUGGUGCUGCCGCCGGAUCUUCGUCGGGCAGCGCUUUCACAGGCGGCUUUGGUGCCGCACUCGGCGGCGCCUCGAACACCACUUUUGGAUCAACUACCACCACCACGUCAGCCGCUGCCCCGAGUUCGUUGCCAUCCUUUAGCGGCAUAUCCUUUGGGGCUUCGACCACGCCUGCCCCUUCGACAACUGCCGCCCCGUUGACCGGCUUAUUCGGAGCCGCUGCUUCUUCGACAACUGCCGCCACAACCACUGCCGCAGCUCCCUCCAGCUUGCCCGCCUUUGGCUCCGCUACAACGGCCGGGGCACUGUUUGGAGGCAUUAAGCCCUCGGCCAACCCAUCAACCACAAAGCCUGCAGUGCCAGCAGCAACGUCACCCUUCGCUUUCCCUGCGGCUUCUUCGGCAGCCGCUGUAACUGCCGCUCCAGCUACCACAGCCGCAACUGCCCCAGCGCCAGCGCCGGUCGGCGGAUUUGGCUUCAACUCGCCAGUGACUACAACCAAGCCAACCGCAGCUGCAACACCGGGACCGCUGCAACUUUCGGAUCUGACGACAACCAAGCCAUCGCCUCUCUUUGGUGCUAAAGCAGCAACCACGACCGCCCCGUCGGCUAUAGCCACAACUACUGCAGCUACUGCAGCUGCGACUGCAGCCACGGCCCUGUCAUUCGCCUCUGCUGUGCCGACGACCAGCUCCGCUGCCGCCAACACCACUGCCCCUACUGUCGCACCGAACGUACCCAACCUCGCCAACCUGAAAAAUAAGACCCUCGAGGACAUUCUCUCCGACUGGGCCAGUAAGCUGGACGUCUGCACUCGAGAGUUCCACAAGAAGGCCGUAGAAGUCGCCAUCCUGGACAGAAAGCUCAUCGAGAACGGCUACCAGAUUAAUCGCCUGCACGACGAAGUCAAGAACGCCUCGGAUCUGCAGGCCAAGAUCAACCAGAGCCUGGAUGCUAUGGAGAGCCAGCAGACCGACCUCACCAAGAUCCUUGAAAAAUACGAGAGCGAGCUCGUUGGCAUACUGGACGGGGAUAGCAGUGCUCAGGCCAAAAACACGCCUGCAGAUGAGGAGCGAGACAAGGCAUACAUGCUCGCGGAAAAGCUCAGCAAGGACAUGGAUGUCCUGGAGCAGCAACUGGGCUCCAUGAUCGACGACCUCAACAAGCGCACCCAAGGCGACGAAAGCGAAUCGACGAUCCAUCAGAUCACGCGCGUGCUGAACCACCAUCUGUCUGCGCUGCAGUGGCUUGAGCAGAGCACCAACGAAGUUGCCCACAAGAUGGACCAGCUCUCACUGCGGGCCAGCAGCGCCCGCGAAGGUGCCAACCGGCUUCACAGCUUGGGCGGUAACCAGGGCACUGCCGCCUUCUCGCCAGGCAACUCGAUCGGCACCAGCCUCGGAUUCGGCAGCAGCUGGAGACAGUGAGCGACAGGGCCGAGAUAUCCCAGCCAGGAAUGUGGCCGUCCCGCGAAAUAAAAGCAUAUGUAGCUUGA